GCAUCCACCCAAUCGACCGGAUCAGAGAGUCACCUCACACACGUUUUUUUUUUUAUUUCCCAAGCUCCCAAAGCGGCCGCGCAUGCCGAGCGGAUACGCCGACGUGCCGAGCGCGCGCGGCGCCCGGCAGCCAUGCCCAUGGCGUUCAAGGUCUGUUCAGCGCGCACUGAAUCGAAGCCGGCCGAGCUAGCUAGCGCGCUGCUACUGGACGGCGCGCCCCGUGCCGCCACGGCGGCGCGGCGGUGCGCGCUAGUGCUCGCUCCACCGAUCCUCACCGGACUCCGGCCAUCAUGACGCCGGCCGCCGGCCACUAGCGUCGCCACUAUAUAAGCAGCAGCGGCAGCAGCCAUGAAGCGUAGCCACGCGCAAGUCACAACUCACAAGAGAAGCAAGCACCGCGCGCUGCUAGUGGUGACCAGCCAGCAGGCGGUGAGAGGCGACAAUGCUGCGACCAAAGAUGAGGGGGCUCCUUGUGAUCGCCGUGGUGGUCGCGGCGUGCCUCUGCCUCGCGGACGGCAAGGGCGAGUGCGGGGCGACGCCGCCGGACAAGGUGGCGCAGAAGCUGGCGCCGUGCGCGUCGGCGGGGAAGAACCCGAGCGCGGCGCCGUCGAGCGGGUGCUGCAGCGCGGUGCACACCAUCGGGAAGCAGAGCCCCGAGUGCCUGUGCGCCGUGAUGCUGUCCAAGACCGCCAGGAAGUCCGGGAUCAGGCCCGAGGUCGCCAUCACCAUCCCCAAGCGAUGCAACCUCGCCGACCGCCCCGUUGGCUACAAGUGCGGAGCUUACACUCUGCCAUGAGCAGUAAGGACUGCAGGGCUGGUGCGUGACAUGUUAAAGUAUCACCGUACACCGAAGCACAAGCACGAAGUCGUGUCCGUGUGUGUGUGUAUCUGUGUUACCAAUAAACGACAGUUGCGAGUACUAUCCAUGUGGAACUCUAGUAUGUUGAGUCUGUCACUAGAGACGUAGUACUCAUGUGGUCAUGUUCAGGGUUCAGAGAUGUGUGUCCUGCAUUGUCGAAAUAAAACUAUUCUCUCCCUUUCUUUUA